AAUACAGCAGAAGAGGUUGGGGCACACAGGAACUACACCCUGCUGCUGCUUGCUAAUGCUUCAUCCUCAACUUAUACUCAAGCAUACAAAUGCACUCACAGAGAAAUCUCCAGAAGAUGUUUCCACAAUCAGGGAAAUCGAUUGUCUUCGACAACUUUCCAGAUCCUACUGACGCCUGGGACAUCAUCGAGACAAUCGGGAAAGGGACUUACGGAAAAGUGUACAAGGUGCUCAACAAACUCGAUGGAAGUAAAGCAGCUGUAAAGAUACUGGAUCCCAUCCAUGAUAUUGAUGAGGAAAUCGAAGCGGAGUACAACAUCCUCAAAGCUCUUUCUGACCACACCAAUGUUGUCAAAUUCUACGGGAUGUACUACAAGAAGGAUGUGAAGUGUGGAGACCAGUUGUGGCUAGUACUGGAGCUCUGCAAUGGCGGCUCUGUGACAGAUCUGGCUAAAGGCAUGCUGAAGAGAGGAGACCGAAUGGAUGAAGCGAUUAUUGCAUACAUCCUGCAUGAGGCCCUUAUGGGCCUCCAGCACCUGCACGUCAACAAAACUAUCCAUCGUGACGUGAAAGGCAACAACAUCCUGGUGACGACGCACGGAGGGGUCAAACUCGUGGAUUUUGGUGUUUCGGCCCAGCUGACAAACACCCGACUGAGGAGAAACACCUCUGUGGGAACUCCCUUCUGGAUGGCUCCCGAGGUAAUAGCGUGUGAGCAGCAGUUGGACUCCACCUACGAUGCCCGCUGUGAUGUGUGGUCACUCGGCAUCACCGCCAUAGAGCUUGGAGAUGGAGACCCGCCCCUCUCUGAACUCCACCCAAUGAGAGCGCUCUUCAAAAUACCCAGAAAUCCUCCGCCUACUCUUCACCAGCCGGAGCUCUGGUCAGACGACUUUAAUGACUUCAUCUGCAAAUGUCUGAUUAAGGACUUUGAGCUGAGACCAAAUGUGCUAGACCUCCUCCAGCAUGUGUUCAUCAAACAGACUGUUGGCAAAGGGAAAAUACUGCGGCAGCAACUGAUGGAACUCAUUGACCUCAACCAACAAAUAGGAGUGAUUGACAAAACAAGCCAUCAUGGAAAGACAGACAGAACCAGAGAAAGUAUUGACAGGCAUGAACGCAUCCACACCAAAAGAGGAGGCCACAUGAAGACUCAGACGGACACCGAUGAGGCGGACGACCUCGCCACCCUAGAAGUUCUGGACGAGAACACGGUCACAGAGCAGCUCCAGAUUCGCUAUGGACGAGAUCAAAUCUACACAUACGUGGGAGACAUCCUCAUCGCAGUCAAUCCGUUCCAUAAGAUGGAGAUAUACACUCCUCAGUCCACGAAAGCGUACAUAGGAGCUAAGCGCACAGCGAACCCGCCACACAUCUUUGCUGUGGCUGACAUAGCCUACCAGUCCAUGGUGUCGUACAACACAGACCAGUGUGUUGUAAUCAGCGGGGAAAGUGGAGCUGGGAAAACAGAGAGUGCGCAUCUGUUGGUGCAGCAGCUGACAGUUCUUGGAAAGGCCAAUAAUCGGACACUUCAGGAGAAGAUCCUCCUGGUCAACAGCCUGGUGGAAGCUUUCGGAAACGCCUGCACAGUCAUCAAUGACAACUCCAGCCGCUUCGGGAAGUACCUGGAGAUGAAGUUCACCUGCGGAGGAACGGUGGUCGGGGCGCAGAUAUCAGAGUACCUGCUGGAGAAAUCGAGAGUAAUCCACCAGGCAGUAGGGGAGAGGAACUUCCACAUCUUCUACUAUAUUUAUGCCGGCCUGGCUGACAGGAAGAAACUAGCCCAUUACAAGCUUUCCGACAGCAAAACACCUAAGUAUUUGUGUAACGAGCAUAUUAAAUUAGGGCCUGACAUAGUGAGCAACACCUUCUACAAGGAGCAGUUUGAUGCAGUGGAGCAGUGUUUCAAAGUCAUCGGAUUCAGCCUGGAGGAGCUGGGCAGUGUUUACAGCACUCUGGCCGCCAUCCUCAACUCCGGUGACAUAGAGUUCUCUCCGGUCGCGACGGAGCAUCAAACAGACAAGAGCAACAUCUCCAACAUUUCUGUCCUGGAGAACGUGGCAUCACUGCUGUGUAUCCGCUCCGACGAACUCCAGGAAGCCCUGACCUCCCACUGUGUUGUGGCACGGGGAGAGACCAUCGUCAGGCCCAACACGGUGGAAAAGGCGGCGGAGGUGAGAGACGCCAUGGGCAAGGCUCUGUACGGCCGCCUCUUCAGCUGGAUAGUCAACCGCAUCAACGCGCUGCUGCGACCCGACAGCCAGCUGGGAGAGGAUGACAAGGGCUUGAACAUCGGCAUCCUCGACAUCUUCGGCUUCGAGAAUUUUAAAAAGAACUCUUUUGAGCAGCUCUGCAUCAACAUCGCCAACGAGCAGAUCCAGUUUUACUUCAACCAGCACAUAUUUGCUUGGGAGCAGGAUGAGUACCUGAAUGAGGAGGUUGACGCUCGGAUGAUUGAGUAUGAGGACAACCGGCCUCUCCUGGACCUGUUCCUGCAGAAGCCAAUGGGAAUGCUCUCCCUUUUGGAUGAGGAGAGCCGCUUCCCGCAGGCCACCGACCAGACCCUCGUAGAGAAAUUUGAAGAUAACCUGAAGAUCAAAAGCUUCUGGAGACCAAAGAGGGUGGACCUUGGCUUCGGUAUUCACCACUACGCUGGAAAGGUGAUUUACAACGCUGCAGGCUUCUUGGCCAAGAACCGAGACAUGUUACCAGCCGACAUCGUCCUGCUGCUGAGGUCGUCAGAAAACGAGCUCACUCGCAAACUUGUCACCCAUCCGCUCACCAAAACAGGCAACCUUGCCCACACAAAGGGUAAAGGCAUAAACACAAUGCGCAGCCCGCGGACCCCGUCACGCACCAUCACCUUCGCCAAGAUGGGAGUGCUUACUUUAUACAAUUCCUUUUCUUUCAGUGAGCCUUCUCGGAAAUUAAAGCCCGUCUCUGACAAAAUAAGCUCGCCUACUGUGCCACUCGAUGACACAGUACAAAUCCAAACGCAGGGAGAAUCUGGAGACACGCCUUACCACCCGAGAGAAACCACCAACAUGAGAACACAGACAGUGGCCUCCUACUUCAGGUACUCUCUGAUGGACCUGCUGUCCAAGAUGGUCGCAGGGCAGCCUCACUUUGUGCGCUGUAUAAAGCCAAACAACGACCGCCAAGCCAGUAAGUUUGACCGGGAGAAGGUUCUGGUUCAGCUGCGGUACACCGGAGUUCUGGAGACGGCCAAGAUCAGACGGCAGGGCUACUCUCAUCGCAUCCUGUUUGCUAACUUCAUGAAGAGGUACUACAUCUUGGCUUUCCAUGCUGAUGAGGAGCCGCCUGUGACUCAGGAAGCAUGCGCUGCAAUACUGGAGAAGGCCAAGCUGGAGAACUGGGCAAUGGGGAAGACCAAGGUGUUCCUUAAGUAUUACCACGUGGAGCACCUGAAUCUGAUGGUGCAGCAGGCCACUCAGCGGAUCAUCCUGCUCCAGGCUUACGUCCGGGGCUGGCUGGGAGCCAAGCGAUACCAGCGGACAUUAAAGGAGCGAGAACAGAGUGCGCUGGUGCUGCAGUCAGCUUACAGAGGUCAUAAAGUUCGGAAGAAGGCUGCCGAUGACAAAAGCAAAGCCAAAUAUGAGGCCUUCAUUGUCCAAUUUCAGGCCGUGUGCAGAGGCUAUCUUGCGAGAAAGAAAUACAAGGAGUUGGUAGAUGAGAAGAACAAAGCUGCAACCAAGAUCCAGGCUCGCUACCGAGGGCACAAGGAAAGGAAAAGCUUCAAAAGAAAACAGGAAGAGAAAGCAGAGAAGGCCCUUAAAGAAAAAGAGGAAGAAGAAGCAGCUAAGGUCACCAACGAAGAAGACUCCCCUGCCGCCGCCAAUGAAGCAAGUAAUGAGGAAGACGAAACCAAAGCUGCUGUGGUUCUCCAGAGCAACUUCAGGGGCUACAAAGAGAGGAAAAAGUUCAAGGAGAGAAAAAAGACAAUAGCCAGCACCGAAUUAGAGUCGCCACCAGAUGCAGCGGUGGAAGAAACCGGUGAGUCUACCAGCAAAGAACAGAAAGAGGGAAAGACAGCUGAGGAGAAUGACGACGAGGAAGAGAGCACGUAUGAAGCCGAGGAGAAUGACGACAGCGAUCACACACAGGUGCCAGAAGAUGACGACAAUACGGAAAUUGCAGAUGUGGCGGUGAUUGAGGAAGCACUGUCAGCAGACGCUGGGAGAGAAGGGCAGGAGGAGGACAAGAGGGAGGAGAAUGAACCAGAAAACGCAGCAGGAGAAGAACCUGUCAAUGUAGAAGAGGAAACCAAGGCUGCCACCGUCCUGCAGAGUAACUUCAGAGGUCACAAAGAGAGGAAGAGGUUGCAGGACGAAGGCAAGAUCCCAGCUAGGAAACAGAAAGCAACGAGUCCCGCUGGUGGAGAGGAAGAGCCCACAGUGAGCAGCCCACCAGUAGAGGAAGGCACAGAAAAAAAAGAAUCCAAUGAAGCUGCAGAUGUCUCUUCAAGUGAUGUCAAGUCAGAUGACCAGGAUGAGGCCAAAGCAGCAGUGGUGCUUCAGAGCAACUUCCGCGGCCACAAGGAGCGCAAACGGCUCGAAGAGGAAGGAAAGAUCCCAAAGAAGAAGAAGAAGGAAGUAGAAGAGCCUCCAAAGGAAGAACCACAGGUAACGCCAGACAAAUCAGUGCCAGAAUCCCAGCAGGAUGCUUCCCUGGAGGACUCGGGGGGACUGGAUGAGGAAAAAGCCGCCACAGUCCUUCAAAGUAACUUCAGAGGACACCGGGACCGAAAGAAGCUGAAAGCAGAGAGGGAAACGCAGAAUAAAACAACGGAAGAAUCAGAAGAGGAGGCUAAAGAGGAGGAAGAAGCCCUGGAUGUUGAAGAUGUGACGAUAGAGCGCAAAGACGAGACGGCUGCUGAGAGAGAGAGGCUGGAGGAAGAGCAGGCCGCAGUGAAGAUCCAGAGCAACUUCAGAGGGUACAAAGACAGGAAGAACCUGAGGGCCAACAAGCAGACUGCACAGACAGAAGCUGAGCAGCUAGAUAGCUUCUCCAAGGAGAUCGCAAAGACUUCUCAGGACUUCAUGGCGCUGCAGCAGAAGUUGAAAGAGAUCAUCCAGGCCCAUCUCAACCCCGAGAACAAUGGCAUGUUUGUGAAAGGAAAAGCGAUGAAUGGCUAUCCUCUUCAGAAUCAACAAUCAACCGAGAAGAGACAGUCGAGGACCCCCCGCAGGACCCAGCAGCCAAAGACCCUCAACACCCCGGAGGACUCUACCUACUACAACCUCAUUCAUCGGUCUGUCCAGGAUGAUAAACGCAAGCCCAGGAAAGAGGAUCCAGGGAAGCUGCUGGAUGUAGAUGACCACUACUACCGGGAGCUGUCCACCAGCAGCUCUGAACCCAGCAUCUCCUCAAAGGACACGUCCCCCAGCAGCAGGCCUGAGAGGAGAAGGUCCAUGGAGAGGAGGCCGUCUGCUAAACAGACAUCAGGCUCUACCAGCAGGCCGACCAGAGCGAGGGCCGUCACUGAGCCAGAGCCUGCCAAACCUGUCGAAGACAACAGGCGCUCUUUUCCCAGAAUGUCCUCCACAGAGAGCCGGACAGAGGACAACCCGUACGACUUCAGACAUCUACUGAGGAAGACCUCCCAGAGACGAAAGCUCAUCAAACAUUACUGAACACAGGACUUUUUUAGGCCGUUUGGCAAGUAAUCUGUCCAAAUCUGGCGCAGGGAACACACUAUGUGGCAAUCAUGAUAAAAGAGUAUUUUAUUCUGUUGACUUGAAAAACUUGAAAAGCAUUGACAGCAUUGAUUACGGUCACGACAUAACAUAGACAGGAUGAAGGUUAAUGUAAAUAUUAAAAAGCUAUACCCAUAACACUGUAAAUGAAGGUUGUAUUGAUGUUAUUUGUAAAUUAGACAUUGUUGCUUUCGCUCAUGUUAAUGUCCUCUCUGGUCGGUUCAGUAAUGUAAGGUUGUCCAUAUCAAUUCAAAAACCAAAUACAACUGUAUAAAAAAAAAGAGAUCAUGUAAAUACAAAUGCCAUGCUCUUCAACUUGAACAAAUAUCAUUUGUUUUUAAGAAUGUCUCUUUUUAAAAAGCUGCUUGAGUGUUGUAACCAUGUAAGAAGUGUACAUUCUCUUUUCUUGUUUUAAUGUAAAAUAUAUUAAAUUCCAUGUGAU